GAGCCCGGGCGGCGCGGCGGGAGUGCUGAGCGCGGCGCGGUCGGCCCGCCGCUUUGUGUGUGUCCUGGAUUUGGGAAGGAGCUCGCGGCGGCGGCGGCGGCGGAGCUGAGGGAGGAGGCGGCGGCGAGCGGAGCCCGGAGGAGGAGGAGGAGGGGGAGCCGCUCAUUCAUUUUUACUCCGUAUUUCUGCCCCCCGGUCGGCCUCGCCCGCGACCCGGACUUCGGGGCAAUCUUGCGAACUGCGUCGCGCCCUCCCGCCGCGGAGGCUCGGGCGUCGGACAGCCUCUUCCUCUGUCUGGGGUCGGGUUUGUCCUUCCUCGCCGAGACGGAUUUGGGCUUUGCCCCCUUUCUUUGCAGUUUUUCCUCCCUCCUGUCUCUUUGGGUUUGAAAAUGGAGGCCGACGACGCCGACAGCCCGCCCCGGCGCGCAUCGGGUUCCCGACUUCGCCGAGUCCUCGGCCGCGGCUGCCGGCGCUGAGGGGCCGCCCAGCGCCGCCGCCCGCCCCGUCCGCGCAGCCCCGCGGACCCCCGGCCGGCGCCGCCUUUGGAGUAUUGUUGCCUUCGCCCUUGUUUUUGGAGGGGGGGGGGCGAAGACUGAGUUUGAGACUUUUUCUUUUCGUCCCCACCCCCCUUUUUUUUUGAGAAAGGGGAAUUUCGUCCCAAAUAAAAGGAAUGAAGUCUGGCUCCGGAGGAGGGUCCCCGACCUCGCUGUGGGGGCUCCUAUUUUUCUCUGCCGCGCUCUCGCUCUGGCCGACGAGUGGAGAAAUCUGUGGGCCAGGCAUCGACAUCCGCAACGACUACCAGCAGCUGAAGCGACUGGAGAACUGCACGGUGAUCGAGGGCUACCUCCAUAUCCUGCUCAUUUCCAAGGCUGAGGACUACCGCAGCUACCGCUUCCCCAAGCUCACGGUCAUCACUGAGUACCUGCUGCUGUUCCGCGUGGCUGGCCUCGAGAGCCUCGGCGACCUCUUCCCCAACCUCACAGUCAUCCGUGGCUGGAAGCUCUUCUACAACUACGCCCUGGUCAUCUUCGAGAUGACCAACCUCAAGGAUAUCGGGCUCUACAACCUGCGAAACAUUACCCGUGGGGCCAUCCGGAUCGAGAAGAAUGCUGACCUCUGCUACCUCUCCACGGUGGACUGGUCCCUAAUCCUGGAUGCCGUGUCCAAUAACUACAUCGUGGGGAAUAAGCCCCCAAAGGAGUGUGGGGACCUGUGCCCGGGGACGAUGGAGGAGAAGCCGCUGUGCGAGAAGACGACCAUCAACAACGAGUACAACUACCGCUGCUGGACCACGAACCGCUGUCAGAAAAUGUGCCCGAGCGCGUGCGGGAAGCGGGCGUGCACGGAGAACCACGAGUGCUGCCACCCCGAGUGCCUGGGCAGCUGCAGCGCUCCCGACAACGACACGGCCUGCGUGGCCUGCCGCCACUACUACUAUGCCGGUGUCUGUGUGCCCAGCUGCCCGCCCAACACCUACCGCUUCGAGGGCUGGCGUUGCGUGGACCGUGACUUCUGCGCCAACAUCCCCAACGCUGAGAGCAGCGAUUCCGAGGGCUUCGUGAUCCACGACGGCGAGUGCAUGCAGGAGUGCCCGUCGGGCUUCAUCCGCAACGGCAGCCAGAGCAUGUACUGCAUCCCUUGCGAAGGCCCUUGUCCCAAAGUGUGUGAGGAAGAAAAGAAGACAAAGACCAUUGAUUCUGUCACUUCUGCUCAGAUGCUCCAAGGAUGCACCAUCUUCAAGGGCAAUCUACUCAUUAAUAUCCGACGCGGCAACAACAUCGCUUCGGAACUGGAGAACUUCAUGGGACUCAUCGAGGUCGUGACGGGCUACGUGAAGAUCCGCCACUCCCAUGCCUUGGUCUCCUUGUCCUUCCUGAAGAACCUUCGCCAGAUCCUAGGAGAGGAGCAGCUAGAGGGGAAUUACUCCUUCUACGUCCUCGACAACCAGAACUUGCAGCAGCUGUGGGACUGGGACCACCGCAACCUGACCAUCAAAGCUGGGAAAAUGUACUUUGCUUUCAAUCCCAAAUUGUGUGUCUCCGAGAUUUACCGCAUGGAGGAAGUGACAGGGACUAAAGGACGCCAGAGCAAAGGGGACAUAAACACCAGGAACAACGGAGAGAGAGCCUCCUGUGAAAGUGACGUCCUGCACUUCACCUCCACCACCACGUGGAAGAACCGCAUCAUCAUCACCUGGCACCGGUACCGGCCCCCUGACUACAGGGACCUCAUCAGCUUCACCGUCUACUACAAGGAAGCACCCUUUAAAAACGUCACAGAGUAUGACGGGCAGGAUGCCUGCGGCUCCAACAGCUGGAACAUGGUAGAUGUGGACCUCCCACCCAACAAGGACGUGGAGCCCGGCAUUUUACUGCAUGGACUGAAGCCCUGGACACAGUAUGCCGUUUACGUCAAGGCUGUGACCCUCACCAUGGUGGAGAAUGACCACAUCCGUGGAGCCAAGAGCGAGAUCUUGUACAUUCGCACCAAUGCUUCAGUUCCUUCCAUCCCCCUGGAUGUACUCUCAGCAUCAAACUCCUCUUCUCAGCUGAUCGUGAAGUGGAACCCUCCUUCCCUGCCCAACGGCAACCUGAGCUACUACAUCGUGAGGUGGCAGCGCCAGCCCCAGGACAGCUACCUUUACCGGCACAAUUACUGCUCCAAAGCAGACAAAAUCCCCAUCAGGAAGUACGCCGAUGGCACCAUCGACGUCGAGGAGGUGACGGAGAAUCCCAAGACCGAAGUGUGUGGUGGGGAGAAAGGGCCGUGCUGCGCUUGCCCCAAAACCGAAGCCGAGAAGCAGGCCGAGAAGGAGGAGGCCGAGUACCGCAAGGUCUUCGAGAAUUUCCUGCACAACGCCAUCUUCGUGCCCAGACCUGAACGGAAGCGGAGGGAGGUCAUGCAGGUCUCCAACACCACCAUGUCCAGCCGGAGCAGGAACACCACGGUGGUGGACACCUACAACAUCACAGACCCGGAAGAGCUCGAGACAGAGUACCCUUUCUUCGAGAGCAGAGUGGAUAACAAGGAGAGAACUGUCAUCUCCAAUCUCCGGCCUUUUACUCUGUACCGAAUCGAUAUCCACAGCUGUAACCACGAAGCUGAGAAGCUCGGCUGCAGCGCCUCCAACUUUGUCUUUGCAAGAACCAUGCCUGCAGAAGGAGCAGAUGACAUUCCUGGGCCAGUGACCUGGGAGCCAAGGCCUGAGAACUCCAUCUUUUUAAAAUGGCCAGAACCUGAGAACCCCAAUGGAUUGAUUUUAAUGUAUGAAAUAAAAUACGGAUCACAAGUCGAGGAUCAGCGGGAAUGUGUGUCCAGACAGGAGUACAGGAAGUAUGGAGGGGCCAAGCUAAACCGGCUGAACCCGGGGAACUACACGGCCCGGAUCCAGGCCACCUCUCUCUCUGGGAACGGGUCGUGGACUGAUCCUGUGUUCUUCUAUGUCCAGGCCAAAACAACGUAUGAAAACUUCAUCCAUCUGAUCAUCGCUCUGCCCAUUGCUGUUCUGCUGAUAGUAGGAGGGUUGGUUAUAAUGCUGUACGUCUUCCAUAGAAAAAGAAAUAACAGCAGGCUGGGGAACGGAGUGCUGUAUGCCUCUGUGAACCCGGAGUACUUCAGUGCAGCCGAUGUGUACGUGCCUGACGAGUGGGAGGUCGCCCGGGAGAAGAUCACCAUGAGCCGGGAGCUGGGGCAGGGCUCCUUCGGGAUGGUUUACGAAGGUGUCGCCAAGGGCGUGGUCAAGGAUGAGCCUGAGACCAGGGUGGCCAUUAAGACGGUGAACGAGGCCGCCAGCAUGCGCGAGAGGAUUGAGUUUCUCAACGAGGCCUCGGUGAUGAAGGAGUUCAACUGUCACCACGUGGUGCGCUUGCUGGGCGUGGUGUCCCAGGGCCAGCCGACGCUGGUCAUCAUGGAACUGAUGACCCGGGGGGACCUCAAAAGUUAUCUCCGGUCUCUGAGGCCAGAAAUGGAGAAUAAUCCAGUCCUAGCACCUCCCAGCCUAAGCAAAAUGAUCCAGAUGGCUGGAGAGAUUGCAGAUGGCAUGGCAUACCUCAACGCCAAUAAGUUUGUCCACAGAGACCUCGCUGCCCGGAACUGCAUGGUGGCCGAAGAUUUCACAGUCAAAAUCGGAGAUUUUGGGAUGACGAGAGACAUCUAUGAGACCGACUAUUACCGGAAGGGAGGGAAGGGGCUGCUGCCUGUGCGCUGGAUGUCCCCCGAGUCCCUCAAGGAUGGAGUCUUCACCACGCACUCUGACGUCUGGUCCUUCGGGGUCGUCCUCUGGGAGAUCGCCACGCUGGCCGAGCAGCCAUACCAGGGUCUGUCCAAUGAGCAAGUCCUUCGCUUCGUCAUGGAGGGCGGCCUUCUGGACAAGCCGGACAACUGUCCUGACAUGCUGUUUGAACUGAUGCGCAUGUGCUGGCAGUACAACCCCAAGAUGAGGCCUUCCUUCCUGGAGAUCAUCAGCAGCAUCAAGGACGAGAUGGAGCCCGGCUUCCGGGAGGUCUCCUUCUACUACAGCGAGGAGAACAAGCCGCCUGAGCCAGAGGAGCUGGACCUAGAGCCGGAGAACAUGGAGAGUGUCCCCCUGGACCCCUCGGCCUCCUCGUCCUCCCUGCCGCUGCCCGACAGACACUCAGGACACAAGGCCGAGAACGGUCCGGGCCCUGGCGUGCUGGUCCUUCGAGCCAGCUUCGACGAGAGACAGCCUUAUGCGCACAUGAACGGGGGCCGCAAGAAGGAGCGGGCCUUGCCUCUGCCCCAGUCCUCGACCUGCUGAUCCUGGAUCCCGAUCCGUGCAAACAGUAACGUGCGCACACGGCGGCGGGUGGGGGGGAGAGUUUUAACAAUCUAUUCACAGCCUCCUGUACCUCAGUGGAUCUUCAGAACUGCCAUUGCUGCCCACGGGAGACGGCUUCUCUGCAGUAAACACAUUUGGGAUGUUCCUUUUUUCAAUAUGCAAGCAGCUUUUUAUUUCCCUACCCAAACCCUUAACUGACAUGGGCCUUUAAGAACCUUAAUGACAACACUUAAUAGCAACAGAACACUUGAGAAUCAAGUCUCCUCUCUCUCCCUGUCUCUCUCUCCCUCUCUCUCUCACCUUUCUCUUUCUUUCUGCUUCAUGAUGGAAACACAUUUGCUGCAAGCCCAGCCGGGACGCCCUUUGUAUUGGAUUGAGGCAACGUCUGUCCCUCCAUGGCCCCCCUGAACACACCUGCCGGUCACCAUAGGUCUUUAUAAAACACGUUGAGACAGGAUUUUUUAACCGUAUCUUUAACAUUUUUAGGGACAUACGAAAUUUACAAAGGGCCAUCGUUCAUCCAAGGUUGUUACCAUGUUAACGCUGCCAAAUUCUGCCAAAACCCCGAACUUUCUCCCUCACCGUCCCCGCACUGUUCUUUUGUUUCCAGAGGCCUGAGCGAGCAUGGUAGCUAGUCACUCGUUAAGAGCCACGCUGGUGAUGCCCUCCAUCCGAUCGUCCCCUGGUGUUCUUUUCAAGUCUCACAUUCACACAGGUCUGAUUGCUUUUGACGAGGUUAUUAUUUGGGGGAACUGGACAGAAUGAGACUUCCUCUCAGUGAAGAUGGCUUCCCUGCUCCCCCUUCUGCACCCACACCUUCUAGCCCCCAGGAAUUCUGGAGGAAACAGGCCCUGUCGGGAGCCUGGAAGACAGGCUUUGAGUAAAGGUCGUCCACGUGCCAGUCUCCUGUCCCCGCCCCAGCUCCCCACCUGGCCCCCAAGAACACAGAUGGGAAGGGGUAUCCAGGGACUCAGCCCAACUGUUUAUGCAAGUUUGCAAGGAAAGAAAUUCAAAUACCACAACAACAGUACGAAGAAAAGCAGUAAAUGGAUUCAAGCAUUCUAAGCUUUGUUGACAUUUUCUCUGUUACUAGGACUUCUUCAUGGGUCUUACAGUUCUAUGUUAGACCAUGAAACAUUUGCAUACACAUCGUCUUUAAUGUCACUUUUAUAACUUUUUUACGGUUCAGAUAUUCAUCUAUACGUCUGUACAGAAAAAAAAAAAAGCUGCUAUUUUUUUUGUUCUUUAUCUUUGUGGAUUUAAUCUAUGAAAACCUUCAGGUCUACCCUCUUCCCUCUCUGCUCACUCCAAGAAACUUCUUAUGCUUUGUACUAGAGUGCGUGACUUUCUUCCUCUUUUCCCAGUAAUUGAUACUUAUAUAACAUAAUUUGCCAUGAACUGUUUGAUGCCUUUUUAUAAAUACAUACCCCUCCCCGCUCCCCCUGCCCCGUUAGUUCUAUUCUACCCCAUAGGCUCUGUGGGCACGAGGCUGGUGAGGGGAGCAGGUGGAGAGAAGGCGGGGCGCCUGCCCUGGACCCUCUCUCCCCAGCCUGCUCUCACACAGCAUUUGAGUCUGUUACAGUGCAAGACAUGAUACAAACUCAGGUCAGAAAAAAAGGUUAAAUAUUUCGCACAUCCUUGUUCAGUGUUUAUAUUCAUCAUUGUUGAAAAGUCUCACCUUCUCUUUCCCUUGCCUUUGUUUUGGUUGUGACACACAUAUAUCUAUUUUUUUAAUUCUUGGGUACAACAGCAGUUUUAACUGCAGACACUAGGCAUUUGGAUUACUAUUUUGUUUUUAAUGGAUAUUUAACCCUUCCAUCCCAUGGAGAACAGCUACUGAGUCCAGGGGUGCAGCCGAGCGCGCUCCAGUGGGCCCAUCUGCGGCUUCCCGCCACCACCCUCCAGACCGACCUCCCUGUCCUUAGAACUAGAGACUCCCCAGGGACCCCCUGGCACCGGCGGGGAGUAGGGCGCAGGGGCAGUAUCCUCGGGGAGCCGGCCAGCCCGCUGCCAGCGCGAGACAGCGCAGGCGCCGCGGGGCCGAAGCCCGGUGCUCCCCUCCAGGGGACAGGAGCCCUGGCGCAGGCGCGCUGUUCCUCGGCCAGGAAGCCGCGUCCUCGGGGCCCGGGGGUCUUGUUUUGUUUAGUUUUUAGCACUUCUCACCAGAGUGAUGACAGCACAAGAGUUGCUUCUGGGAUGGAAAUGUUUAAAUUAUGAGUAAGAACAAAGCUACAAUAUAAUGAUUGCUAGUUGUGACUGGAGAUUAACCACAAAAAAGAAAGUUUGUAGUGCUUUUUUGCUUGUCAGUAGUUUCAGUCCCACUAUUUUCUCUAGUCUCUGUCCCAUAGUUUUUCCCUUAAAAAAAAAAUGAAAAAAAGAAAAAAUUAAUUAAGAAGGUAUUAUAUGUAGUUUUCUUUUAAUUUAUUUUGUGAUACCAGUUUCAAUCACUGUAGAGAAGCCCCCUUAUGAAUUUAAAUACUGAGAAAAGGGUUUUUGUGUGUAUGUGUGUGUGUGUGUGUGUGUGUGUGUAAGACGGGACAGUUUUGGGGUUUUUGUUGGUUUUUUUUCCAAACAUUUAUCUACCUCACUCUUAUUUUUUAUAUGUGUAUAUAUAAAAAGAAUACAUCUCACAUUUCUCAGCACCUGACAAUAUGCCGUUGAUACUGGUAACCUCAUCCACACCACAGGCCGUACACACCAGGUGACGCAGGGAGAGGCCAGGCUGUAUUCCGGGGUCAAAGCAACACUAGCUCACCUCUCCACUCAUUUCGAACAGCUCGCCUUUUUCUGCGACGUCUCACUUUGCGUCGCUUCUGUUGUUCUCCUGACUCGGUAUCCCAAGAGGCGGAGAGGGGCCCCGCCCGGUUGUCUUGGAAACCAGCUACUUGGUGCAGAUUGGGUGGCGGACAGGGAAGAGCAGUGGUUUCCAGGUCUUGAGGACAGGCAGUGCUGGGGCCGGGGUCAGGUGGUGUCUCCUUAGGGCCCCCGUUGUCCCUGUGGCCGCGGGGUGGGUGCUGGGUGGGCUUCCGGCUAGGCCGGCUCAGCCCCUCGUGCAGCCGCUUGGGCGCCAAAAGCCCGCUCGGGGUUCCUGACCUGACGGCCAGUCUCACGUGGAAUGUACGGAGAAGAGUCCCCUUCUCCCUCUCCAGGCAGUUCUCUCAACCUCACCCUCACUCACCUCCUCCCCAGGGGAAAACAAAGACGUACCAAACCUUCGGGCUGGAAGGGGCCAGCGGUGGGCGCCGUGCCCCCGCUGGGGCUGUGCCUCAUCCCCUCGUCCCGCAGAUCACGGGGUGGACGGCGCACCCCCUCCAGCAGCUGCUCUCACAGGCACUAGCGUUUUUUUCUGGGAAACGCAGUGGGCGUCUCCCAAAGUGUGGCGGCUCCUUUACGGUCCCAGGACUGCAGUUACACUCAGGAGCUCCUCCCUCCUGCUAGAACACCCCUCCCCUUUCCCAAGUCCCCUGGGAUCUUAAGGUCGUUGAGAAAUAAUGUUUGAUCAGGGUUUCCCGCUUCCACACUGUAGGUGACCCCUUGGAAUAGUGGCCUCUCCUCUCUUUUGCACAUACCUACCGGUUUCCACAACUGGAUUUCUACAGAUCAUUCAGCUGGUUAUAAGGGUUUUGUUUAAACUGUCCGAGUUGUUGGUGUCACUUUUUGUUUUAUGUAGGUGGUUUUCCUUUUAAGUAGAAAGAAAACACUAACAGUAUAGUGCCCAUCAUAACAAAUGCUUCAGAAACACUUAAAUAAAAGAAAAUUUUGCUUGUGUGAUGGUGCAGUCAUUUUACUGGACCAAACCACCCACCUUAACUAUACCAAGGCAUCAUCUGUCCACAGUUCUAGCCUAAUUUUAUGCUGAUUUUCCCACCUCUUCUUGGUUUCCUCCUUUGUAUGCUCCAAAUAACUUAAGCUGAGUUGUGGCAUUCUCCAUGCAGCCUCCUGACAGCAGCUCACACUGCUUGAAGUGACGUGAACCACUGAGGCACAUCAUUGAACUGAUGUGAGCAUUAAAACAUGAUCACACACAGCCCUUCCCUGAGGCAGCAGGAGCUGGUGUAUUCUGGAGACGUUGUUGAACUUCAGCUGGGUGAGACCCAGACCACCCCAGGACUCCCUUAGAGGAUGUCCUGACUUUUGACACAGUUGGAAUGUGCUUCCCCCUUGGAAGAUAGAAGACCGUGUUCAUGGCCGACACUGGCCUUUCCUUCCAGCCUGUUUCUUAUGACUUGGAACAACAUUUCAAUGAUAGAAAAAAUGGUUAUUGUGGAACUAAAUGGCAAAAUGCUUGGCAUGAAGUGGUGUGUUUCAGUUGGGAUAACAGAUGUAAGAGCCAAGUAUGACGCCAAAUUCUAGGCCAGUUUGUUCCACCAAAACCUCUUUCUCAGCAGCCCACCUCUGCUGGCACGUGGCUGCAUGGGAUGCAGGCCGCUGUUAUGGCAAGGUCACACUUAGAUCAGUGAGAAGGCUAGGAUGCUUGGUCCAAGGUCCUCAGCUGUCACUGUUGGGUCCUCCAGCCAGACAGUGUCAAAGGCAACUCCUUUUCAAAACACAGGCACCCUCCAGUUGACAGUAAAGCUCCAUGGUAUGCCUUGGCCCAUUCCAGCAGUCCCAGUAAUGCAUUUAAGGUUUGGGGUUUGUUCUUUUGUUAAUGGUACUUUUGUGUUUGUUGGCUGUCUUUUCUUUUCCUGGGCUAAGCAGCAUUGGGAGAUACGGACCAGAGAUCCACUCUUUAAGAACCAGUGAUGAAAAUCAAACUUUCUUACUCCACUCUGACAUAGUUGGUGGUACCAAUGAGAACUUCAAGAGAGGAUGUUGUUUAGAUUGAACCUCUGUUGCCAGAGAUGCUGAAGAUACAGACCUUGGACAGGCCAGAGGGUUUCGUUUUUGGCCUCCAGCUUAGAUGACUAGUUUGGUCAUUUAGAGAAAAAGCAGAUGAACACUCCUUGAUGGUGGAAUGAUAAGGCAGCAGGAAACCAUUCUAACAGGGAUCAUGAAUGACGUGGAGAGAGGAAGCACAAGCAGAAGGUACAGGGCUUGGAAGAAGUGUGGGCUGUGCUUGGAACUUGAUGGUUUCUGAAGGUAUCAGACCACAUCAAGGCUCAACAGUCAUCCAUGGGCAUUUGGUUUCAACAGAUAAACCUAAAACAUCCUACUUUGGAAACUGUUACUGCGGAGUUCAGUCAAAUUGUUCCAAGAACGCAAACUGCAUCGCACCCGUCAGGUGUCAGUUCUGGGGCAUGACUUUAGGGUUUCGUUUUAUUUUGUUUCUGCAAGAACAUAAUGAUCACUCAUCUGUAUGUCCAUGUUUGUGUGUGUCCACAUCUUUCUGGUAAACAUCGUUGUAAUUAGUCACUCAUUAGCGUUUUCAAUAGGGCUCUUAAGUCCAGUAGAUUACGGGUAGUCAGUUGACGAAGAUCUGGUUUACAAGAACUAAUUAAAUGUUUCAUUGCAUUUUUGUAAGAACAUAGAAUAAUUUUAUAAAAUGUUUGUAGUUUAUAAUUGCUGAGAAUAAUUUAAAGACACUUUUUUUCUCUGUGUGUGCAAAUGUGUGUUUGUGAUCCAUUUUUUUAGGACACCUGUUUACUAGCUAGCUUUACAAUAUGCCAAAAAAGGAUUUUUCCCUGACCCAAGCCGUAGUUCACCCUCUUUCCCCCCCAUGUUUUGUGCCCUAGUUUAUAACAAAGGAAUGAUGAUGAUUUAAGAAGUAGUUCUGUAUCUUCAGUAUCUUGGUCUUCCAGAACCCUCUGGUUGGGCAGGGGAUCAUCUUUUACUGGUCAUUUCCCUUUGGAGUGUAGCUACUUUAACAGACUGAAAGAACCUCACUGGCCAAGGAAACAGCAGAGGUGUUGCAGCCGUGGUGCCAUGGCACCUUCGGCAUCUGGUUGGGUCGGUUUGGUAGUUGUACUGUUAUACAAUGCCUUGAGAUGGAAGGACUCCAUUGCACAGCUAAUGGUUUUCACAGUGAGCACAGCAUACAGACUUAUCACACAAAAGAUGGUAAUUCUGGUGGUGCACGCGGGCCAUUUGCUUACAUGCCUCAUAUCAUGAUUAAUGCUUUGCUAUAACAAGGAAGAGACCCUAUUUAUUUUUAUUUAAGGCAGAACACCGAACAUAUAUAUUUUUUUUCAGUACAAAACAAAUUCUUUUUAAUAAAAACUAUACACACACCAGAUUUUUUUAAGUUUGACUCCAUUUCCUCUAGCUCCCAAUGGGUUAUUGGCCAUGUCAACACAACCCCACAAAAUCCCCAUCAUUGGCAACGUUUGGGGGUUUUGCUCUACAUGGGAGAAAGAUCCAGAAACAAUUUGGGUUUUGUUUGCAACUUUUCAUUUGGCUGUUUGGCGUUGCACAGACACAUCCACAGGUGGAGUAGAUGCUUGGCAAAAACACCUGUCUGCUUUCUAAGCCAGUGAGGUUGAGGUGAGAGGUUUGCCAGAGUUUGUCUACCUCUGGGACAAAAAAAAAAAAAAAUCAAACCAGAAGGCGCGAUGGAAUGGAUGCAUCGCAAAUAAUGCAUUUUCUGAGUUUUCUUGUUUAAAAAAAAAAAAAGUUUUUAAAAAAAAGUAAAAAAAAAAAAAGGUAAUAACAUGGCCAAUUUGUUACAUAAAAUGACUUUCUGUGUAUAAAUUAUUCCUAAAAAAAUUCCUCUGUUUAUAUAAAAAAUCAGUAGAUGAAAAAAAUUUCAAAAGGUUUUUUUGUAUAUUCUGUUGUAAGAAUUUAUUCCUGUUAUUGCGAUAUACUCUGGAUUCUUUAUGGAAAAAAAGAAACUGUCUAUUUUGAAUGGCUGAAGCUAAGGCAACUUUAGUUUCUCUUACUCUGCUUUUUUCUAGUAGUUAAAGUACUACAUGGUUUAAGUUAAAUAAAAGAAUUCCGUAUGCA